AUGCCUACUCCAAGCAGUUCUGGGUCCAAUGCCGUCGUAGAAAUCCCUUCGUCAACAACGACGCAGCAGAGCGCACCACGACAAAAGAGAUGGGCUCCCCGAUCUCGAUCUGGUUGUUUCACCUGCCGGGCUUGUCGCGUCAAGUGCGACGAGGCGAAGCCAGUCUGCGGCAGAUGCGUUCGUCUCGGCAAGCACUGCUCCGGCUACGGCGUGGUGAUGCCCGCGAGGACCACGGGUACCAGCUCAACCUCCAACUCGCCGGCUAGCUCUGAUGGCACAUGCGCGCUGAGCCGCCGGAAGCAGCGAAUAUGUAUCGAGGCUGAGCCGCUGGACUGGGAUCAUAUGCAAGCGAUCCAAUUCUCGAAAACAAAAACAAAAGUCGUGCUGCAUCUUCACCCACAGCGUUCGGCUCAUCUACCUCAGCCGCCUGCCCCGCGCUUCGACACCUGGAGCCACGUACCCGUGAUUUUCAUAUGUAGAAUGAUCUCUCAACAGAUUCAAUGGGCGUCAGCGAGCCGCGGCAGCCUGCUGCGACCGGGCGAAGAUCCAGCGCUUGCGGGCACCUGGGCCAAGUACUUUCACUACUAUCGGGAGCUCCUUUGGGUCACCAACAAGUGUAUUCAGGGCAGCGACCCGCAUGGAGGGAAAUGCCGUGCUCUUAACUGCAUCUUUGCCCUGUUUGGUAUCGAUGUUCAGUUUGAGGAGUCUAUGUGGCAAGCUCAUCUCAAUGCUGGACUUGCGUACGCCGAGAAGGUGGGAGGCCUCGAGGCGCUGCUCACGUUUCCGACUGAAUUCAGUGCCUAUGCGCUGAAGGACCUAAAACGUGUGCUAUUAGCUUCCAUCAUGUGCAACACUACAAGUCCUGCCAGUAAGCAGGUUCGCGGUGUGGACACCUACACGGAUGCGGAAAUGACAACGAUGAUCGAGAGUGUGGAGAUCUUGGAGCCGCCUUUGGCAGUAGAUAUAUUCAUUGCCAUCGCUCGCCUUACCGAGCUGCGCGUCCAGGCAGCCACUGGAGCCGCAGCGAAAACAGUAAUCAACGAGGCUGCGCGGCACCGUCUUGACGAGCUCGAAUCCUUCGACCCAGAUGCCUGGGCCAGAGAGCACGGCCUUGGCGAGUAUCCGCUCGUGUCCGCGACGGCGCAAAUUUAUCGAGUCGCGACGCAGCUCUACGGUGCCCUCACCCUGGGCCGGGCAUUUGCGGCCUGGUGGCCAGCAGAUGGGAAAGUCCCGCGAAGGGUGCUGCAGGAGAGGCUUAUCAGGCUACUGGGUGCGAUGUGGGAUCGGAUCGGCAAUCACGGUACCUUGCUGUGGCCGUUGAUCAUUGCCGGCGUGGCCGCGGCAGACGGCGACGCAGAGGAGCGUGCAUUCAUUGGGCGCUGCUUCCAGAUCGGGAGUCGCACGCGGAGCAUGUUUGUGAAAUUCUCCAGAUGUGCAAAAAAGGUCGAGCGGAUAUGGCUGGAGGGGGCGACGGACUGGGAAGACUGCUUCGCGGAACCUUUUGUGUGCAUUGCAUGA